AUGAGUUUGGAUUCUGAAAGCACAGCAUGUGCCACAGAGGCUGGCGCACCAAAUUUGUUUCUUUGCGACACUUGUGGAAGGCAUUUUGCACCAGAAGCACUGUUAAGGCACAAUCUGAUAUGCAAAAGAAUUUUCAACAAGAAGCGCAAACCGUUCAAUUCUUUGAAACAACGACUACAGGGAACUGACAUCCCAACAGUGAAAAAGAAGCCACCCACGAAGAAUGGACGAGAGAAAAAGUCAAAUUGGAGACAACAGCAUGAAGAUUUUAUUUCAGCCAUCAGAGCAGCAAAACUUGCAACUCGAGCCAUGAAAGAAGGCCGUCCUCUUCCACCACCACCACCUCCGUCCAUUAACCCAGAUUAUAUUCAGUGUCCUUACUGUAUGAGAAGGUUUAAUCAGACUGCUGCAGAAAGGCACAUCAACUUUUGCAAAGAACAAGCUGCCAGACAAUCCUUUGCACCAGGCCAGAAGGGAGGCAAACCAGCCUCAGGGAAACAAGGAAUUUCCAAAAAAGAACCAACUUUAACAAAUGCUGUGGGGACACUACUUCAGAACAGAUUACAAGGAGCAAAUACUGGCCCAUCUGUAACAGGACAUGGUAUUGAAAUUUCAGCUGGAGCAGUACACAAAAAAAUAUCUCCCAUUUCCUCUGGAACAGAAUCUGGGUAAGAUACAUUAUAUAGAUUAAAAGGCUAUAGUCUAAUCCAGCAUAUUGAUCUGAGAGGAUUUGGGCCCAUAUGAUUCCUAGAUAAGUAGAGUACAGGUAGCCUUCAAUUUAGAAUUGGAAAACUGUAGCAUUUACUGUAUGCUUCAUAUCUAUGACAUAUUAUUUAUUUCUCAAUUUUUUUUACUUCAUUUUCAUGUUUAUGUUUACAUAAACAUACCAUUUGCAUGACUUAUUCUGAUUUAUAUACAUUUGAUUUACUUGAAAUAGCAAGCCACAGAUCAAUUUAAUUAAACAUAACUACUAUACUGACAGCUUUAUCAAAGGCUUUAGUGUAUUGUAAAAUUGUUCCAAAAUUCUGGUAUUUCCUGUGAAUUCUUAAGCCUCCCUAGUCAGUUUAUUUAUACUCCACCUUUUUUUAUAAAUAACCCAAGGCAGCAAACAUGCCCGAUACUUCUUCCAUAUAACCCUGAGGAGUGUUGGGUUGAGAGAAUGACUGGCUCAAAGUCACCCAGCCAGCUGGUUUCUAGGCCAGCAUUUUAACCACUACAUCAAACUGGCUUUGUUAUUGGUGUAGUGAUUGAUAUAGAGUUGACCUAAAUUUAAGAGUUGCAAACUGGAGCUAUCAAUAGCACAUUAUUUCCCAUUUUUUCCCAUCCUGUAGAUACUUAACUAAUUUAUUUCCCUCAGCCUCUUAAACCAACUUUUGUUCAUAUUCCCUUUUCUCCUGUGCUACUUGUUCUUCUAUAUUCCAAAGAUGCAAUGUAAUACUAGAACAAAUAUAUCUACUAAUGAACUGUGAAACCAUAUUGCACUUUCUCAAAUUGGCCAGUCCAUCAGGCUUGUUUUGUUAUCAUCUGCUUUAUUUUAGACUACCUAAAUUAAUGCUUGCCUGCUCUUAGGGCUCCAACUCAAGGAAGAAGAUGAGAACAUGCCCACCAAACUUCUGAUAGUAUAAGGCCUUUACUUUUUACAGCACCUGAAUUAGAAGAGUUCAGCAAACCAGUUUACAUACAUUCAGCCUCCCAUCUCUUUUAAAGCUUGUAUGAUGGAUUGAAGUGUGAUAAUAAAACUAGCAGUCAUAUUCCAGUUUUUACAGGUGAUAAUCUUAUGUAAGUAAGAAUGUUUGCGGCUUUACGGUCUAUGUUUUCUAUUUUUUCCCUUUGGUCAACUCCUAUGCUGCUUUAAUAAAAAAAUGACUCUAGAGCCAUUACACAAUAGAACUAAGAUGUCCGGUAAAUAACUAAAAACAAUGAAACAGUAUCAGUACAAAUAUAUUUUAUGGAAGCCUCAAAGUGUUGACUCACAAAGAAUUCAGUGGACAUGUUGUUCCACAGGACAAGACAGCUAUCAAGAAAUGUCUUCUAGGUAUCACAAGGUCUGUGUUUUAUAGCUGGGAACAGAAAGUCUCCAAUUCUUUCAGAUCUUACUUAGGCAGUAACCAUAGGAGAAAAACAUCCCUGUAGCUAACUAGACACCCCGAGUGAAAUUCCUUUUGCAAAAAUUUCCCAAAGUGGUUUUCCAAUGCUUUCUUCCAAGGUCUGGGACUGACUGGCCCAAAGUCACCCUGCUACUUUUAAC